AUGGCCGCGCCGCCUCCACCACCGCCGCAUGGCGAGGCGCCUUCGGGCCUGCCUCCUGGCAACUACGACAUAUUCGUCAUUCCGCAGCACUCGUCAGGCUCUGGCAUUCUAUACCUGCCGUCUUUGCAGCCAAACACCAACAGUUUCGUGGCUGGCUUUGCUUCUGCGCUGAUAUGCGUCGCCGUGUUUCAACUAAUGGCCCCGGCUUUUAAGAUGUGGCUGAGUGGCGCUCAAGUUUCGGGUAUGGCGGUAACGACAUUGAUGCUGGGAGUUGGUAUUGGGGCCUGGUCCCUGGGACGGAUGCAGACUGGUGGACCGGCACCUGUGCCAAGCUCGAAUGGUUCAAGAGGGCCAGGCACAUCGGGAGGCCAAGGCGGAGGAUUCAGCAAUGGACAUGGCUCUUAUGGAUCAAGCAACGGCAAGCAGGGUGGUUUCGGCGGCCCUCAUUCAGGAGGACAAUCUGACCCAAACGGACCGCCUCCUCCGCCACCUCACAGCCGACCCGCUAAUGGUGCACCACCUCCGCCACGCCACGACAGAUCUAAUGGAUCUUGGAAGAGUGCGGAUGCUCAGUCGGAGGAACCACCUCGACCACCAAGGCAUGAGAACGAACCAGCUUCAUCACCGUCUCAUCGCUCACCAUCCCAAAAAGGAGCACCAGCGUCAGAGUCAGAGCGGCCGCCAGCACGCCAGCGCCAGCCUCCGCCAUCAGAGGACAAGGCUCCUACCGAAUUCGAGAAAUCAGCGUCGCCAAAGAAGAAGAAGAAGAAGGUGACCCUGGUGGACGAUAAGGUGUCACCUCCAGAAGCCGACAAGACGCCACUGAGGUCUGAGCAGAAGCAGUCUGAUAUCCCAAAGAGAACGCCCCUGGCUGAAAAAAACCCUCCAGAGCUUGAGAAGAAGCAGCCUUCGCCAGAAAAGAGGCAUUCUCUAUCAAUGGAUUCCAAACGUGUCCUUUCCCCUGAGAAGAAAAGAAGCAUCCCUGAGCUUGAAAAGGUGUCAAUGGCUUCUCAAGAGCGAAAAACGUUUCCUGAUUUAGACAAGAUGUCGAUACCAGCAUUUAAACCAACAUCCAAGCUGCCUCGUAUGCCAGACUUGGCACCGAUUCCACCAUUCAUGCCGAGAGCAGACUCUCGCUCAGAGCAGCGUUCGCCUACAAAGAUAGAUCUUCCGGCCUCUAACGAAACAAAGUCGAAACCCACUCCAGCACCUGAACCUGCGCCAAAGUCACCUACUCCGUCAGAGGCGAAGAAGCCCGAAACACCAAAGGGAACGUGGGAGAAGGCUCGCGAAGAAAUGAGGAAGAAGGAGGAAGACAGGCGACUCAAAGAAGCAGAGCAAAAGCGCCGUGAAACAGCCGCCAAAAAGCUGCUCGAAUUACGUGCCAAAGAAGCCAAGGAGCGACAAGAUCGAGAGGCUAGAGAAGAGGUGGAGCGAGCUGAGGCGGAGAGGAGACGUAAACAGGAAGAGUUGGAGCUGGCCAGGCAACGGGAGCGAGAAGCCAGGGAAAGGGAAGCGAUAGAGAAAGAGACCAAGAUACAGGAAGCUAGGCGAAGAGAGGCCCUGGAAAGAGAGACUAGAGAAAGGGAAGCGAGGCAAAGGGAAGAAUUGCGACGGAGAGAAGCUGAAGCCAAGAAAACAGCCGAAGCAGAGGCCAAAGCCAGAGCCGAGGCCAAAGCGGCCGAAGAAGCAAAGGUCAUUGCAGACGCCAGAGCCGCAGUCGAAGCCAGAGCCGCGGCUGAAGCUAAAGCGGCCGCCGAGGCCAAAGCAGCCGCCGAGGCCAAAGCAGCCGCUGAGGCCAAAGCAACUGAUUUUCGAGCAAGCCGGGCUGGCAACACGUAUGCAUACUCUAGCGUUGGCGAAAAGACAAGCAUGUGGCCCAAUGGCCGGCCUCCUGUUCCUCCCCUCUCGCCUUCUACAGUAUCGCCAUCAACCUCAUCGCCUGACCGGUCAGAAAGGACAGAGAGACAAGAAAGGUCUUUCGAUAGAGGCGAGAGUCCCACGAAAAGGGCACCACCCCCUGCCGCCGCCCCGUCCGAAGCUCCCUCAUCUGCGUCUAGAAGAACAGACCCUUCGGCGAGACACUCAUAUGGUCCUGCAAAGUCACAUGUUAGUAGCAACAGCAGCUAUGUGGAAUCAGAGACGUACUCUGCCAGACCAUACGACCAGCCGAGCAGACCACCACCACACCAGCAGCAGCACCAACAGCAGCACCAACAGCAGCAGCAAUAUCAUCGACAGCAACAAUAUCAGCAACAGCAACAGCAACCACCACCACCGCCUCAUGCCCAGUCGCCGCCUAACAAGCCAAGGCAUAGGAAGUCGACGUCUUCUCUCACAGGGUCCGACGCAUCGUGGGCCGCCUCCCAAACAACUGCACGAACAACGCCGCCUCCUUCAAUGCGAUCAGGCCCCUAUUCGACUAGCGACCCUGACAAAAUUGUGAUUCAAUCUGUAUAUCUCUUCCACAACGAGUUCACCAAGACACCGGCCAGCCAGCUCAUAUCGGGAGUCGGCACGGUGACGGAUGGAUUAAUUCUUCGCAUCACAACAGAGGGGCUCUUUAUCGACGACGAUGUCCGAGGUGUUCCCCAGCGCGAGUGGGACGUCAAGGCUUGGACGCUCAAGCUUGUCGAGGUCUGGUGUCUGCCGCACUGUCUGAACGCACCGCAGCCAGCGGGAUCUGCGACUGGAAGAAGCUCGGGCUUCUUUCACAAGAUGAAGAAACCAGAUCGUGACGGUGGCAACGCCCUGACUGGUGAUGAAGCAGACCUAUACUUGCAAGACAUGCUUCAUACUUGCAGGGAGUGUUGUCGGCUUGGUAUGUGCGACCGCACGUUCAAGAACACCAACAUUCCGUCAUCGACGGGACAAACUGGAGAGUGGAAGUCCAAGGGCUUGCAUGUGCUCCGGGCGACAAUUCGUGAUCAAGAAGCCAAGCGGUACCUCUUUAUUGUGGAGGAGACCGAGGGCUGGAAGCUUGCGGUUGGAUUGCAGCGCCUGCGACGAGGAUCUAUGGUUCGACAACUGGGUGUGGCUAGCAUGCCGCCUUCUGAAGUUCGUGGCAUGCUGGAAACCCUGGGUUGGGUUGCCUAA